AUGCUCGAUCAACAGAUUGAAUCAGCAUCGAGUAAACUAGUACAAUUUAUUCAAGAUUUAACAAUAAAUUUUCAAACAAUUUUCAAUAAUAAUUUUAAUAUAAAUUUCAAUCAACAUUUUAUUGAACUAUUUCAAUUACGUAGUGAUUAUGCUAAACAACUUGCAUCUUUAUUUGAUAUGUUAAUUAAUAGAGUUAUUGAAGAAUUUCUUCCAAAUCGAAUAAUUCAACUUAAAAUAAAUAUUGAUCCUGUACAAAUGUGGCGAUCAAUACAAAAUUCUAUUGAUCAAUUAAAUGAUUUACAAAGACAAGAUUUACAUUCAAUUAUCAAACACAUUCGAACAAUUAAUAAUUAUUUUUAUAAUCUUUUAUUACAAGUAAAAAAUGCAGAAUUUCUUAAAGUUGAUCAAACACGUGCAAUGUAUCAAAAUCUGACAGAAGAGUUAUAUUGCCUCUCAGAAAGUUUAUUACAUUUUACAAGUAUUUUUUUUAUUAACACAGAAAAGAUUAAUACGAUAAAAUCAUCAGACUAUUCAAAACCUGUUGAUACCUAUUUAUUUCAAAAUGUAUCAACAACAACACAAUCUACAAACAAUAAUAAUAAUCAUGUAAAUGAAAUAACGACAAAUACUUCAUCAAAUAAAAAAUCUAGUAUGUCUUCUCCGAUGAACUCUAAUUGUAAUCAAUGUAAUAUGAUAAACAAUCAAAUACCACAGCAACCCUAUUGGAAUGGUACUGGACGAGGCUUUUGUUUUCAACCAAAUCCUGUUCAUUGUGCUACAGGAUCAGUACCAAUUACAAAUGUAUUUGCACAUCAAAAACCAAUGAGUUGUAGUAAUACUUCACAAAAAAAUGACGUACCACCACCUCUAUGUUUUCCAACGCCUGUUGUGUAUACACCUGAAAUGGAAACACUUUCCUCAUCGGGUGGUAUUAUUUAUGCUCGAAAAUCCGGUAAUACAUGGAUAGCAGAAAACUUAGGUACAUUAAUAGAAACUCUUAAAGAUAUUGGACAAACAAUUGAUAUGAAUGCACAUUGUGAGAUUCUAGUACGAAAAACAGGUGAAUUACUUGUUCGUCGAAAAAGAGGUCGUCGAAAACGUUUUUUACAACAAACUAUAAGUAAAACAACAGCACGUGGAAAUAAUGCAUAUGCAGAAAUGAAUGCAAAUCAAGAACAAUCGGAUUCUAAUAAUAGUAAUGAUGAUCAGUAA